UGACAUUCAGAGAUUUUUAUUCGAACUGUCUUUUAUUUUUCUGACCUGAUGAAGAAUAAAAAAACACUUUUUUUAUUGAAAAGAACAUAACGCAAUAUGAAAUUAAUAGCCAAGAGUAUUCUGUUAAGUGCAUUGCAACACAAACACAUUUGGCCCACAUGCAGCGCAAUUUUAUUUAUUUUUUUUGAGAUUCCACAAACAAAAUAAUCUCAACCAGAGCUUGAUACUGGAUUAACACGCUGUACUUCUUCAAACUUCUUUUGUGCUGCCUGCCUGUGUUACUCUGCACUUUCAUAUCGUUCACGAAUUUAGAGCCGUGCGAUUGUUCGAAUCCAACAAUAACUGCGUCGACAACUGCAACGGCAACCACAACUGCAGCCACAACGUCAAAAACAAUAAACGCUCCCUCGCUGGUACAACAAGUGCAAGAGACACCACUAAGAGCGACAAUGCCAAGCGGAAGCGCAAACGCGUACACUUUGCCACUUAAGUUGGAUACUCUGGAUGAUAUUGGGCUUAUCGUUGAGACUGAUGCUGUUGCAAUUGAUAAUGGUGACGAGAUUCUGAGAAACAUAAUCAAAAGCAAUGAGCGUUUGUCGCAGGAAUUGGCUAAAAUGCCGCCACUGCCAAAGCUUUCUAGCUAUAAGAAAUAUAAAGCGUUUAACAACGUCUCAAUUAGUAAAAUGGAGGAAAGAGCAACAGCAACAGCAACACCAACAGCAACAGCAACAACAACAGCCACAGCGAUGGCCAACAAGUCUAAAUGUUUUUGUCCUAGUUUCAUGCGAAGUAAACACGACCAUGAAGACAUGUACGGGAUGCCAGCAAUGCAACACCGCAAUAGCAGUGAAAUGAUUGCUUUGUGUAGUGGCAAUAGCAAAAUCAACAGCAGCAGCAGCAGCAAUAUUCAUAGUGGAAAUUCAACGCGUGCACAAUCCUCGCACAGCAAGAGCAAGCAUUGCCAUGUUCAUGUACCCACCACAGACACGCAUCACAAACACCAAAUGCAACACCAACAAUAUCGCACUGCACCAGCAACAGGUGCAAAUGCAUCGACAACCUGCUGUCAUUCUUACAAAACGGAGCUGUUGCCUUGCAUGCAACAGCAUCUGGUUUUAAAUCAGACCAUCAGCAGUGGCAAUAUUUGUCAGUCCCCAUGUCAAACAUCGCAUUUGACGGUGGAUGCUGACACAGCAGCACCUGCAACUACAACUACAACAGCCACAACAUCAGCACCAUGCAAAGGUCGCAGCAGUAAUGCAUUGAGUGCUAGUAUCAAGCCAAAACAUUACUUUGAGCAACUAUUGCAACGCGAUGGCUGCAAUAAGAAGCCUCGUCCUCCGGUCAAAGUCGAUGUCAAUGUACGUCUGGUGCCCAAACAGUCCAAGCCAAGAGCCUGUGCACUGAAUGAAACAUUUGUGAAAGAGCUGGAUGAAGUGGCACAUGCUCUAAAUGAGACUUUCGUAAACGACAGUAGCCCAGAAUUAGCGGAAAUAAAUGAGUCGUUGGCGCAAUUUGAGGUUGUCGGGGAUGAUGACCAGGAGCAAAUCACGAAACUCUGAUUUUGUUAAUAUCUAUCAUUAAGAAGAUAUAAGAAAUCUCUUCAAAAUUUUUAAAAUGUAUUGAAAAAAUCAGAGAUGACAAAAUUAUAUAUUUAUUAGUUAGAGAAAUUAAAA